AUUUCACAAAAGAGGCGGGACUAUUUCCAAGGAUUCGUCCGCAUUGACCUCGGCCACAUCCUUCGUGCCCUUUAAUUCGCAGUUUACACAUUGGCAGACUGGAAAUUUAUCCAGCGAGUUUUAUUUUACUUGUAUAUCUAAAUUAGAAAAUGGCGUUACUAACACCUCUCCUUGCAUUCCUCUACCACUUGCCGCAGGUGUACAAGUGGCUGCUAAAGCCAUACUAUGUCGCGUCUCUGUUCAUGUCAGUCGCGUUUCUCCUGAUCCGCAAGACGCCAGGCAUCUGCGAGCAUCUUUCGACACAACGAGAGGAUGGCAACCCCUGCGACUUUGACUGGAGAGAAGUGGAGAUUCUUAUGUUCCUCAGUGCCAUCGUCAUGAUGAAAAACAGAAGAGCUAUAACGGUGGAACAGCAUGUGGGGAACAUCAUUCUGUUCAGUAAGGUUGCCAACGUUAUCCUCUUCUUCAGACUGGACAUCCGCAUGGGCCUGCUCUACCUCACCCUCUGCAUCGUGUUCCUGAUGACCUGUAAGCCUCCUCUCUACAUGGGCCCAGAGUACAUCAAGUACUUCAGUGACAAGACCAUAGACGACGAGUUGGAGAGGGACAACAGGGUGACGUGGAUUGUAGAGUUCUUCGCUAACUGGUCCCCGGAGUGUCAGUCCUUUGCCGCCGUCUACGCAGACCUCUCCCUCAAGUAUAACUGUGCUGGGCUCAAGUUUGGGAAGGUGGACAUUGGCCGGUAUGGAGACGUAUCUAAGAAGUACAAGGUGAGUACCUCUCCCCUCUCCAAGCAGCUGCCCUCGCUGCUGCUGUUCCAGGGGGGCAAGGAGGUGAUGAGACGCCCCCAGGUGGACAAGAAGUGUAGGGCCGUAUCCUGGAGCUUCACUGAGGAGAACAUCAUCCGGGAGUUCAACCUGAACGAGCUCUACCAGAAGUCCAAGAAACUCAAUAAGUCCAAGGGAGACUGGAGUGACAAGAUCAACGAAUCACAGUUCCCGCCGUUGCACGAAGAGGAGGAGCCCGAGGUCGACGCCCAGGGGGAGGAGACGGAGACCAAGAAGGACAAAUAGAAUUGUCAGGGGCCUCAGAAGAACGCUGGGACAUCACAAUGGGACUAGCUGGUGUUAUGUUCUAUCGAGGGAACAAACAUGAUUGUUACGAACCCUUUUUUAUUUUGCUAUGUACAACACGUGAUUAUGAUUAACUCAAUAUUAACUAAUAUCUCAACUGUACAGUUAGAUUUGUACGUCUCCGUCAUACUUAUGAGUUGCAUCGAUCUUUCCUCCAGUUCCCUAGAGAAACUCUAUGCUCAUCAUUGGUUGUGUCCCAAAUGGCAUUAUAUUACCUAAUAUAGUGCACUAGGGAAAAGGGGUGUGACUUAUGACUUAACAAUUGAAUGCAUUUUUAUUUAGGCUUUAAUAUUGGCACACUACAAUUAUACACUCCAUUCCUAGUGUUUCACUAGAUUUAAAACGUGUCCCAUUUGGGGAUAUAGUGUGAAUUUACACUCCGUCCAGUCCAUGCUUGGUGAGACAAAUUGCAUGCACCCAUUGAACUGAAGUUACAUUGGCUUCGUCUGAAAUGGCUUAAUGGUUCCGACAUGGUGAAGUAUUUUACGCCAGCUACCUACCUUCAACUGGGUCCAUGAUAAUGAUAAUGAACCAUGGCCUCUGUCCCAAAAAGGUCUUUGAGAGGAAACUUGUUUUAUUUUAUUUUUCUCUUCCAUAAGUGGUUGUCACCUAAAGAUGAUGCUGGAGUGAACAGAGCAUUUGGCUAAUAACACUAAGUCCAUGUGAGAACUAGACCUGUUACUUUGUCAUCUACAAAAUAGUCAUAUCAGAGAUGGUUGAGGGAGGCACUGGUGGUCUCUAUCCCUCACUCCCCUCUGUGACAGAAUAUCCCUCACUCCUCUCCACCCUGACAGAAUAGGUAGAAUUACAUGUUUACUUUCAAAACGCUUCCAUCUAAACGAUGAACAUUUUUGGCACCAGCAUCUCUAGGUGAUGUAACAGAACAUUUUACUACCUGUUUGACAUUCCCUUGGCUACUGUAGAAUUCUGUCUCAACCUUUCGUUCAGAAUGUGUAGAUUGAAUGGGUGAGCCUGCCACUUGAGGUGUCUGACAUGUUUUUUUUAUGCAAUAAAAAGGAACAUUGCCUUUACAUUUCAAGUUGCACUAUACUCUAAGAAAUCAUGCACGGGGGGGUGUGGUAUAUGGCCAACAUACCACUAAGGGCUGUUCUUAGGCACAAAUCAUCAGAGUGCCUGGACACAGCCCUUAGCCAUGGUAUAUUGGCCAUAAACCCGAGAUGCCUUAUUGCUAUUAUAAAACUGGUUACCAAUGUCAUUAGAGCAGUAAAAAUUAAUGUUUUGAUAUACCACUGCUGUCAGCAAAUCAGCAUUCAGGGCUCAUCCCACCAGGUUUACAAUUAAAGAUAAAUGGGAAUUUAAGCAUUUUUAGCAACAUGUAUGUUUUGGUGGCAUACCGUAAAAAAAUAAAAUAAAUACUGCAUAGUUUCCUAUGAACGCGAAGCGAGGCAGCCAUCUUUGUCGGCGCUGGAUGUUGAACCUACAUUUUGGCACCGCCUUCUGGUAGUGACGGCAUUUAAGAGGUAUGGAGGGAGGCGAGACAUGAAGCCAAGCUUUGAGCCCCCCCCCCCCCACCCCCAAAUCAGUAGGAGUUCGCUCCCUACAUAUGAACCUGAGAACCACUGACUGAUGUAAACCCCACAAUGAUUCUCUGGCCCUUUAACAGAAGAAAUUCUGUUAAGUUACAUGAAAAUCUACUGUAACUGGAUCAUAACUUUUAAUUGCCAAUGUGGAAUCCUUUGGUCCAACUUAAAAGUCCUACUCUGAAUGUGUAGUAAGUAUGGGAUAGACUAUGUUCUGCCCUUUCUCAUGUGUUGCAUUGGCAGACCUCAACUGCAAACAAAAAGAACACUGCCUUUGGUUUUAAAUACUUUAUUACCAAUGCUCAAACACACACGCACAUACACACAUGCACACGCCCACACACAUACAGAGCUAUACAGUACUUUUUAAAUUGUAUUUAUUUAUUUCAAAACACCCAAGUCCAGGGCCUGUACUUGUCUAAACAUCAUCUGUAAGGGCAUUGGCUGUUCCUGAUGGCAGUCAAACAUAUUGGGCGACGUGCUUUUUUUUUGUGUCCUAGACCAUUUUGUUUCAUUCUACGCUCCUGACUGGUCAAACAAACUGUCAGUCUAAAGCAAUGCCCUGUAAAUUGUCUUAAAAUCUUGCAAAAAAAAAGAAAAGUACAAAUUAAAUAUAAAAAGGUUGUUACUGACUUUCAGCUGCUCAUCAUUGGUUUAAACCAUUAACGAAUAAAAGAGUAGGUUGAUAUGAAUCUCUUGCGCUCUCUGGAUUGGUCGCGCCAAAGCAUGUGAUCCUCGCUAGUUUCUCAAUAGGUCAGCUAGUGGACUGCAACCAGAGAUGUCAGUAUCCGGACCAAUAAAACAAAACAUUGGGUGUGUGUUAUGGCAUUAUAUUCCCUACAUAGUGCACUGCUUUUGACCAGAGUCUUUUAGGCCCUGGUCAAAAGUAGUGCACUAUAUAGUGAAUAGGGUUCCAUUUCAGACACACCCAUUACAAAGCUCAGAAGUAAACAAUCAGAAAGUACAGCAGGGUAUUUCUGAAAUAUGCCCCAAGAGAAGUCGAGUGGUUACUGUGUAUCAAAGGACUUUAAAAAUGCUACAUCGCCUUCUUUUAUCAAAUACAUUGUUUCCCAUUGGCUGAACCAUAUCAUUGUCCAGCUCCUCUCUUUGGCUGAAUACUCAAAACUCAGCCUCUGAUUGGCUGGUGCAGCCAUCAAUCCAAAUUAGCCGCAUUCCAGUGCUAGUCGGAACUAGGAAACUGACAUUUUCGACUUGCUAACUGGUUGAACGUGGCACGUGUUUAACUAAAACCAGUUAAUAAGUCAGAAAUGUCCCAAGUUCCGACUAGCACUUGAACGCGGCAACAGUUUCUUUCUUGUUUGGUUAUAAUUCUGACAUUAACUCAAACCAAAAAACCCUAUAUCAGCCCGUAAAAAAAAAAAAAAAAAUCUUAUCAACAGUUAUAUAUAAAUUCAUAUAAAAUAACAUUUUGAAAUUAAAUAGGUAAAAUAAAAUAAAAACACCUUGAUUAUCAAGGCCAUUGCUCCAAAGUUUGUUUAGGAAAGGCUGCUCCAUCUUUAGUACAGACCCGAUGAUUGUGUCACUGGUCAAGUUUCUUAUUUUUUAUCAUUCCAUUGGUCCUUAAGUGAAAUCUCCGCCCACCCGGGGAACCAGGCCAGGCCAAAAACUAACUCUACCAAUGAUCCUGCUGUCUACUACAGUUUAGCAUUUCCAUUUCUGAUUGGUCAUGAGAGAAUGGCAGCGUGAUCACUAGCCAAUCACAGUGGCCCAUAGUGGCCGGUGCAUGCCACAGUCACCUUUAAAUGCCACUGAUUGGAGGAAAUCACCAUAAAUUCCAAACCAUAUAAUUCUGUACAGAGAAUGAAUCAUUA